CUUUGACUCUCUCUCUCUCUCUCUCUCUGCCUAAUAGUCCACCAGAAACACAGUUUCAGCUCCUUCUUUCUCUUUCUUUCUUCAGACAAGCUUAUUUAGGCUACAAGGAGCUCUCUGUCUACAGUGUUUUUGUUGCUAAAGUUCAAAUCUUCUUUCAGCUUUCCUGAUCUUUCAACCCAGAAUAGUUGAUGCUAUUGGAAAAAUUGGAUAACAACAUUGUUGGGGGGCUGCCAGUGGGCAGAUAUGAUUCCAAGUUCCGGGUGCUGUAAAGUGGAUUCAUUCAAUCUGAUGUAGUUUUGGAACUUUGUUGUCUGAUGGCCUCAAAAACUGGUAGCAAAGCAUCCUCAAAACAACACCAGAAAACAGCUGGUUUUCAAAGAGCGGAUGUCACUGAUCUCAGGCAUUUGUCUUUGCAGGGAUCAAAGCCGAGCAAGCCCCAGCUGAUUAAUCAUGAGCAGGUGCAAUCUUCAGUAGAAAAUAUGCCAAAGCAGGUUUUGUUAGAAGCUUCUGAAAAUAAAAAGCUUCCGAAUUCUAAUCAAGAGGGGGUUUCUGAUUCUUUGAGUAAUACGUUGGAAUCCAAUUCUUCCUUGCCCUGUCUUGAACAAUCAUCAAUUGAGGUGGAUUCUAUUGUCAAUGAGACUAGAGGCGCACAGGAUGUUUCUGUUGAUCAAGAGAAGAAAAUAUCAGAAUAUGGAAGUGUAAAAAACAGCUCGGUAUCUGCCAAAGUUAGUGAUGGAACCAGCAGCCUGGCUAAGACGAGUGGAAGUGCCAAAAUGAGUGACCGUGUUGAUUAUGCUGAGAGUGGCAAGAGGAGUUUGUGUAGAGGAAGCACCAGCAGCGAUGUUAGUGAUGAAAGCACUUGUAGUAGCUUUAGUAGUAGCAUCAACAAACCUCACAAAGCAAAUGACUUGAGAUGGGAAGCCAUCCAAGCUGUUAGAGCGAAAGAUGGGGUUUUAGGUUUGAGUCAUUUUAGACUGCUGAAGAGGUUGGGUUGUGGGGAUAUUGGUAGUGUAUACCUAUCUGAGCUGAGUGGAACUAAGUGUUAUUUUGCAAUGAAGGUAAUGGACAAAGGUUCUCUUGCCAGUCGUAAGAAGCUGCUUCGGGCUCAGACAGAGAGAGAAAUAUUGCAAUCUUUGGACCACCCUUUCCUUCCGUCGCUCUACACCCACUUUGAAACAGAUAAAUUUUCAUGUCUGGUAAUGGAGUUCUGUCCUGGAGGAGAUUUGCACACUCUUAGGCAGAGGCAGCCAGGGAAACACUUUCUGGAGCAGGCAGUAAAAUUUUAUGUAGCAGAGGUUCUGCUAGCUUUGGAAUAUUUGCAUAUGCUUGGGAUCAUUUACCGUGAUCUUAAGCCAGAGAAUGUCCUUGUGAGGGAUGAUGGACAUAUAAUGCUCUCCGACUUCGACCUUUCCCUCCGUUGUGCUGUGAGCCCAACACUUGUCAAAACAGCAUCUCUUGAGGCUGACCCAUUUCGAAAGAACCCUGUUUACUGUGUUCAGCCAGCUUGUAUCGAGCCUUCAUGCAUCCAGCCAUCCUGUGUUGCUCCUACAACAUGCUUUGGGCCCCGCCUCUUUUCUAGCAAGUCCAAGAAGGAUAGGAAACCCAAAAAUGAACUAGGAAAUCAAGUCAGUCCAUUACCCGAGCUCAUAGCAGAGCCAACAGAUGCAAGGUCAAUGUCUUUUGUUGGAACCCACGAGUAUUUGGCACCUGAGAUCAUCAAGGGUGAAGGUCAUGGAAGUGCUGUUGACUGGUGGACUUUUGGAAUUUUUCUAUAUGAACUCUUAUUCGGGAAAACUCCCUUCAAGGGAUCUGGAAACCGAGCCACAUUGUUCAAUGUUGUUGGCCAGCCUCUUCGAUUCCCAGAAUCACCAGUUGUCAGUUUUGCAGCUAGGGAUCUCAUAAGGGGUUUGCUUGUAAAAGAACCACAGCAUAGAUUAGCAUCCAAACGAGGCGCAACUGAAAUAAAGCAACACCCCUUCUUUGAAGGCGUGAAUUGGGCAUUAAUACGCUGUGCUACCCCACCCGAGAUCCCUAAGCCAGUUGAGAUUGAGCGGAUACCUGCCCCAGCAUCAACAAGUGAAAAGGCCACAACAGUUGCAGCUCCUCCUGGUCAAAAAGGUUCUGAUAAUUACCUGGAGUUUGAUUUCUUUUAGCAAUAUUUAUUACAAUUUGCAAAUUGUUUCUAUUUAAGGGGAAGAAUUGUUCUGAACAUCUCUGGCGUUGUUGGUGAUGAGGAUAAAGUUUUUUUCCUGUUUUUCUCCGUUGUUGACAGAUGAUAAGGAAAUGUAAUGUUUGUUGUUGCCUGUUAAAAAAUUUCAAAUCUGCAUCACAUAACUAUUGCUUGGAGUCUCCAAGUGUAGGAGCUUGGAACCAACCAUUUAUUACUAGACAGUGGUUCAGAAAUGCGGUCGUGUUAGUCCUGCCGCAAAGGGAAGUCCCUCGAACUCAUGGUCGUAUUGCUUAUUAGUUCUGCAAAUAGGUCUCUGGCAAAUGUACUUUAGCAGUGGAUUGACAUCAUUUUAUUGGCCAACAGAAAAUACAGUCCAAAAUUGAUUUGAAUU